CUUGAUCCUGGAGGAAGACGGUCUCCAUGAUGACAACUUUAAAAUACCAACGGCAGCCCAAGUGGAUUCCAACCGCCUGACGGAAAUAAUUCAAACAAUGUUCGUUUCUUGUCGUCGCGUCGGCCCGUUUUUUUUAUUGAAUUAGCUUAGCGUGCUAACGCUAUCUCUCCAGCUAGCAUGGAGUCGCUGCUUUUGUUUACGUCCUGACGAUGGGCCCGGAGAGACGUGUUAGCUAACCCAGCUACCAGGCGUGUUCGACGGGGAGAGGGUCCUCCCAACGCCCGCUCUGUGAGGACCGGUUGGGGGGCAACGGGGGAGGUGGGGGGGGGGUCGUCUUAUCGGACCUGCUGUCACCUCAGGGCGAUGGAGGUGUCCCCUCAGGAUCCAGCUCUCAUGGCCAUGGACCUGUCGAAGAGUUUCUCCCUGACCCGCGGCCACGCCGAGGCCAUGGACCUGGCCAAGAAGCCCGAGUGGUACCACCGGCGCCCGCCUGGCUGCAGCACCGAGCUGGGCUCCCCGUACCGGUCCAGAGCCUCGUCGUCCUACGGCGCCGCGCUGCACCCCGAGCCGGGCGCGCCGCUCCACCGCCGGGACGUGGAGCCGGGCCCCGAGUCUCUGGGCGGCUACGUGAAUUCGUCGCUGGCUCCCGGCUUGGAGCUGUACCGCGACGGCGGCCUCUGGCGCCCGGGCUUCUACGGGCCAGACCAAACCGGCGGCCCGGUUCUGGAGAGCAGCGGCGGCGAGGAGAGCGACAGCGGCAGCGGCUCCGACAUCAUUUUCCUGGUGUCCUCCGCCGAGGAGCCGCUCUUGUGCGGCUCCUUCCUGCAGGACGACGUGAGGCGCAUGGCGGAGCCCGCCCCCCCGGCCGGGUCCUCGCUGGACGGGCCGAGGGGUCGCUAUCGCCUCCCCCGGACCCCCAGCUCGCCCAGCCCCGACAGCUCGUACUCGGAGGAGUCGUCGGACAGCUCGGCGGACAUCCCCGUCCACCACGCCCGACCCGUUGUGCUCCUGUCGGACCUCGGCGGCGCCUACGGGAAACCCGCCGCGUCCCCGCCGGACGCUUCGAGCGACGACAGCGACGUCGUCGAGGUUUCGGUCACCGACGGAAAGGAGAGGACGACGGGCGGGAAGAGUCGGAGGAGAGAAGCUCCUUCGCACAGCGAGGAGGACGAAAAGGCCUCGCUCAGAGAAGUCCGCCGCAGCCCCAGAACCAGGAAGCCCGCGUCGGACUCGCCUCCGUUCACCUGCGGCGGCUCUCGGCACACCUUGGGCAGGCGGGCCAAAAGCGACGCGGUCGGCAUCUACAACGAAAGCUGCGGCUCCGACGACGCGAUGGACUACGCGGUGAGGUUGUUCACCUCCGACGCCGGCUCGGAGGAGGAGGAGGAGGAGGAGGAGGAAGAGGCGGCGGCGGCCUCGCAGACGAACCUGUCGCUGAGGGCGAGCGCCGGCUCGGAGGAGGCGGAGCCCCGGACGGACAUGAAAUCGCCACCGAGAGAGACGAGGGCGCGGCGGCCUGCUGGCAAAGUCUCCGAGCCCGCCGCCGCCGCCGGGAAAAGUAAGCGAGCGAGAACUGAACGUAAACCAACGGAGAGGAAGACGAAGAAGAAAAGCGCCGCGCAGCGGAGGAAGAGGUCGCGCUCGCAGGCGGGACCCGCCGCUCUGUUUUCCCCCCGAGAGCCAGAGAUCAAACUCAAAUACGCAAACGUGAAGAAGGAGAAAAAGAGCAAGCGAGUGGGGAGUUUCUGCCCGUUUGUCCACGUGAGGAAGAAGCUUUGCGCCGUGGUCAACUACGAGGAGGAUGAGGAGUCGGUGAGGGGCAGCGGAGCGCGGCGCCGGAAAGCCCCCGGCUCUCCGUCCGGGUUCGUUCCCGGCACUUCCUGUUUCCAGCUGGGCCGGUCGAGCCUGGACGGCGGUCCGGCGCCGCUGUGCAGCCUGUGCGGUCAGACGGCCAACGCCGCGGGCCUCGGGGACCUCCACGGCCCGUACCGCCGGGCCUGGCCGGGCGAGGGGGACCGCUCGCCGGUCAGCAGGCGCUCGGUCAAUUCCUCCGAGGACGGUUGUCGUGGUUACGACCGCCCCACCACCAAGAGCUCGCCGCGGGGGCGCGGGCGCUCGCCGCCCCGUCUGGACGAGGCCUGGAUCCACGAGGACUGCGGCGUCUGGUCCGCCGGCGUCUUCCUGGUCGGGGGGAAGCUGUUCGGGUUGGAGGAGGCGGCGCGGCUCGCCAGGGAAACCGUGUGCUCAGCGUGCCAGCAGACCGGUGCCGUCACGGGAUGUUUCCAGAAGGGCUGCGCCCGGAGUUACCACUACAGGUGUGCCCUCCACUCAGACUGUGUCUUAAACGAGGAGAACUUCUCGCUGAGAUGUCCGCAGCACAAAAACAAACUGUUGACUGUUGUUACCAGGCAACAAAAGAGAUGACAACAAAAGACACUUGGCGGAACUGGAGAAGGAUCCACAGAUCUCCUUUUAACACGAUUAACUCAACGUGAAGGAAAAACCUGCUGAUGAGAAUCCACUUCAGAGACGAGUCAAUCAGGGGCCACUUCCAGAUGUUUUUAUAAGACGUGUCUCUUUAACUGUGUGUGCGUUCGUGCCUGCAGGUGCGUCUUUGUGUGGAUAUUUAUUUCUCUACUCGCAACAAAUAUCCCUUUUGUUAUUCCAACAUGAUUAUAUUAGAGUUUAAAUGAGCUUUAUUGAUGCGUUUUAUGGGAGGAAAUCUAUAUAUUUCUUUCUACAGUUUUUUUUCUACUAUUUUUUAAAUUGCUGUCAUGCUUUGGUCGUCACACAAAAAAAAACAGGUAUUUAUUUUCAUAAGGCGGCGUGCACAGGGGUCUGUUGUUAUUUAUGUGUAGACUUAAAUUGUUGCUGGUUAAGGCCUCUGAGACCAGUUCAAUGAGGCUCAGAACUAAAGGGGCAGUUCAACAAGAUGAAAGCAGAGAAUGAUUUGAUUAAUGUUGGAGUUGUGAUUCUAAUCACAAACAAAUACUGGUUCCAACUUCUUAAAUGUGGCGAUUUAAAUAUUUAAAUAUUACUUUGGAACGACCGCUCUCGUCGUUUUGGGGAUGUAAAAAGGAAGUCAAAUAUAGUUAAACUGAUUCUGGACCAGCGGAUUUAUGGACAUUUCUUCGGUUAAAUGUGAAUAAACGGAUGAAAUUCAUUAAAAUGUCUUCACCAAAUGAAACAUGGUUUACAAACGAAGACAAAGGCACCUUGUUUUAUUCCUGCUGCCAUAUGAAGCUUUAACAUCUGCUCUUAAAUCCACACCAUGUGACACUUUCGUUAUUUAAAAUCAGAGUUCCACUUUUUGUUAAUUCAUGUUAUUUAAUAAAAGUCGAUGAAACCA